AUGGACAAUGCCACACUCGAGGAGCUGAUGGCCCAGACGGCUGACCAGGAGGCACAGCUGAAUGACCUUAUGCCAAUUGUGGAAGACAUGAAGCAGGAGGAGGCAAAAGCACAGGCAGUGCACCCUUCCAGCCAAAGGGAUACCCAGGCGCAGCUCAAAAAGUUGCUGGAGGACUUCAGGAAGAUCCAGGAGCAGGUGGACUCCGUGGCCCACCACGCAGCGGACAAGGAGCAGGAGGAGACGCUGACACAGCUCCAGGCCGCGGUCAAGCAGCUGCGAGGGGACCACCAGAAACUCAGCUCCUUCACGGCCAACUUCCGGGACAGCUGUCAGGAGAAUCAGAACAAUAUCAACGCUCUGUUCCAGGCCCUGAAGAGCCUGGAGAAGGACAAAGAAGAGAAGGAGCAGCGCUUGAAGCAGGUCCGGGAAGAGGUGAACUCCAAGCUGGACCGCCAGGAGCUGGAGCCUCUCCUGCAGCAAUUGAAGAGCUGGAAGAAGAUCGUGGAACAACUGCAGAAGGAGUCAUCGCCGAGAGACGCUGCUGAGGCAGCUGUGACUAAGCAAUCGCUGAACCGGCGCUCCUGUCUGUCUUGUGACCGGCCCAUGGGCCCGCGGGGGCCUGGCCCGGAGCAGGCGGCCAGGGUCAGGUUCCCCACCGUGCCACGGAGCUGUGGGGGUCAGCACACCAUCACCACCCCGCUGCAGCUCUACAUGAUCCGCCAGCCCAAGCCACCCAUCACGCCGCGGCCAAGAAAGGAUGACGAGGAGACAAUUCUCUUGGGCCGGGAUGGCCGAGUUUACCGCGGCUGCCGGAAGAGGCGGCAGACUGUAGUUGACGUCAAGGAAGAUGGCUCUGCUGCCUCGAGAACCGGCUCCGAUGGACACCUCCCCAAGCUACUGUUCGUCCCGGCCCAGGAGAAUCGACCAAGCUCGCUGGCAGACAAGCCGGACAAACUCAGACUACGGCUGCCCAAAAUAUGAUUUGAUUUUUUUUCCUUAUAUUUAUUUCACGUUAGUAAAAACCUGCA